UUCUUAAUCGAACGCUGCGCAGUUAAGAGGCUGUUCAACAUUUUUAAAAAGUGUUUAGAUUAAAAGUAAUAAAAAUAAUGUUGCGCAUAUUGAAGACAAGCGCUUUACUGCGCACACAGCAUAAAAAUUUGACAGCUGCCGUGUCGUACUCCUCGUUGCCAGAGCCUCAGACUUCUCCAGAUGUGCUUUACACCGGCCUCUUUAUCAACAAUGAGUGGCACAAGAGCAAGUCAGGCAAGAGCUUUGAGACCAUUAAUCCAACCACCGCAAAGAGUAUUGCCGAAGUUCAAUCCGCAGGCAAGGAAGAUAUUGACUUUGCCGUAAAGGCUGCUCGUCAGGCAUUCAAAUUGGGAUCCCCGUGGCGUCGCAUGGAUGCUUCUGAUCGUGGCCGUCUUCUCUAUCGCCUUGCUGACCUCAUGGAACGUGAUCAGGUUUAUCUGGCGAGCUUGGAGACCCUGGACAACGGUAAACCCUACAGCAUGUCCUACAAUGUCGAUUUGCCCACGGCAAUUAAGAAUCUUCGCUACUUUGCUGGCUGGGCCGAUAAGACACACGGCAAAACGAUUCCCAUGGAUGGUGAAUUCUUCAGCUACACACGCCAUGAACCCGUUGGUGUUUGUGGUCAGAUCAUACCCUGGAAUUUCCCCAUUCUGAUGAUGGCCUGGAAACUGGGUCCUGCCCUAGCCACGGGCAACACCAUUGUGCUGAAGCCCGCCGAACAGACCAGUCUCACCGCCUUGUACAUCGCCCAGUUGGUGAAGGAAGCUGGCUUCCCCGAGGGUGUGGUGAAUGUGGUGCCCGGCUUCGGUGAAGCUGGCGCUGCUUUGGCCAAUCAUUCGGAUGUCGAUAAGGUAGCCUUCACGGGAUCCACAGAUGUGGGCAAAUUGAUUCAGUUGGCAUCGGGCAACACCAAUCUGAAGCGUGUCACUCUCGAGCUGGGCGGCAAGUCGCCGAACAUUAUAUUGGCUGACACCGAUCUUGAUUAUGCCGUAGAGACCGCUCACUUUGGCCUCUUCUUCAACAUGGGUCAAUGCUGCUGUGCUGGCUCUCGCACCUUUGUGGAGGACAAGAUCUACGAUGAGUUCGUGGAGCGCAGUGCGGAACGUGCCAAGCAGCGUACCGUUGGCAAUCCCUUCGACCUCACCACCGAGCAGGGUCCCCAGGUCAACGAAGAACAAAUGCAAAAGAUUCUUGGUUUGAUCAAGACUGGCCAGGACCAGGGUGCCAAGCUUGUCGCUGGCGGCAACCGUCCCGAUGGUCUGCCCGGCUACUUUGUACAGCCCACAGUGUUUGCCGAUGUUAAUGACAACAUGACGAUUGCUCGCGAAGAAAUAUUCGGUCCCGUUCAGCAGCUGAUUCGUUUCAAGCAGCUUGAUGAGGUCAUCGAGCGUGCCAACAACUCCGACUAUGGAUUGGCCGCCGGUGUCUUUACCAAGGAUCUUGACAAAGCCAACUAUCUGGUGAAUGGACUGCGCGCUGGAACCGUUUGGGUGAACACCUACAAUGCCCUCGCCUCUCAGACUCCCUUCGGUGGCUACAAGAUGUCUGGUCAUGGACGCGAGAACGGCGAAUAUGCGCUCUCCAACUACACAGAGGUGAAGAGCGUCAUUGUGAAGGUGCCACAGAAGAACUCCUAAGGAGUCGUUGUUGUCCAGUGGAAGUUGCUACCAUUUGCAUCGUUCAAAUUGAUAUUGAACUUCUCGCUUAGAUUACGGGCACAUUCGCUCCUCAGUGCCAAUUGCCAAUUGCUUUUGUAUUUCCCAUUUGAUUUAUUAUAAGUGAAAUCAUUAAAAUAAACUUGACUAGAAUUUGUAAACAAUA